AUGGUGAGCCAAGAGCUUCAAAACUGGGGUGGCCACUGCACAGCACUUCGCAUGCUAAACCUCGUCCCCUAUGGGGAUUGUUUGAAGUAUGUCAGUGAGUGGGAGGGUAGUUCAAGAACUUCAAGUGCACUUCAAGUGCAUACUUCCCUAUACCUGUCACAUAUCCUAAGCCUCAUGUCAAGCUUUCAGGGUACUCCCGUGCGAUCGAUGAUAUCAGCGGACACACCCUGUCGGUCAACGUUGCAGAUGUUUCCACACCGUGCAGGUUUUCCUAACUCGUCGCGCUUGGGGCUCAAAGCGUCUUAG